CUCCGCCUCCGCUGCGCUCCGGGACUGGCGGAGCGCGGCCGGGCCGGCCCGCAGCCACCGCAGCGCCAGAGCCGCCUCCCGCAGCCCGGCCCGGCCCGGCCCGCAGCCGCCUGCCCGCAGCCGGUGAGAACCGGGGGCUCCCUGGGGUCCAGGUCAGAUGCUCCCAUCGGCGGUGCAGAAGAAGAGCAGGGUCGGGAGCUGCUGAGUGCUGAUCUGUGCGUGCUCCGGACCAUGGACUCAUUGAGGGCGCCCCAGGUGUGAAAAUGUCCAGCAGCAACCGGGCGUUAGUGAUUGACUUUGUGUCCUACAAGCUCUCGCAGAAGGGCCACAGCUGGAGCCAGCUGGAGGAGGAGGAUGAGACCAGGACUGACUUUGCAGCCGAGGAGGUGGAGAUGGACGGCGUCCUCAACGGGAGCCCCUCCUGGCACCCGCCCGCCAGCCACGUAGUGAACGGAGCCGCCGUGCACCGCAGCAGCCUCCAGGUCCACCCCGUGGUUCAAGCGGCCGACGUGAGGCAGGCGCUGCGAGAGGCUGGGGAUGAGUUUGAGCUGCGGUACCGGCGGGCGUUCAGCGACCUCACAUCCCAGCUCCACAUCACCCCCGGCACCGCGUACCAGAGCUUUGAGCAGGUGGUGAACGAACUCUUCCGCGAUGGAGUGAACUGGGGGCGCAUCGUGGCUUUCUUCUCCUUCGGAGGAGCCUUGUGCGUGGAGAGCGUUGACAAGGAGAUGCGGGUAUUGGUGGGACGCAUUGUGUCUUGGAUGACCACCUACUUGACCGACCACCUAGAUCCCUGGAUCCAGGAGAAUGGCGGAUGGGAGCGCUUUGUGGACCUCUAUGGGAACGAUGCUGCUGCCGAGGUGAGGAAGGGCCAAGAGACCUUCAACAAAUGGCUCCUGACCGGGGCCACGGUGGCCGGGGUGCUCCUGCUGGGAUCCCUGCUGAGCCGCAAGUGAGCCGGCCCCUCCGCACCCCCCAGCCACCACACUCCUC